GGGCUCUACUCGCUGUGGACUGCACAAGUACCGUAUCAUACGAGUGGAAAGUGAGGGAACGAAGGAGGGUUACAGUGCUCAUGCUACCCGCUCCUUCGCUUGCCCAGCUCGCACCCUAAAUUCUGCUGCCAGUCCGAUCAGGUCCUCACCGACCCGGGUACAGUAUCAUACUCGUAUUUUCCCACCCCGCGGAUCAAUCCACCCUCGUCUCCUCACAGCUCAAACGCACACAAAGGUACAGUAUGAAAACAAACCAGAUCAAGUCCCACGCCGUCCCUCCCUCCCUUCCCUAUCGGCCAACCCAGUGAGCCGCAUGCUAAAAAUUGAUCAGGCCAUCGCCAUGUUCUCCUGCCUCCGCUUCCAAACUGCUGCCCUUCGCAUCGCUCGCCGCCGUCCUCCCACCACUUCUAUUCGUGGGUUUCACGCGUCGCCCGGGACUUACAUCGGGGUUGGUGACCUGGUCCCCAAUAUUCAAUUGCGAGAGGAUACACCGGGUUGGUUUUUUGGUCCACCGUGAUGAAUCAUGGGAUUUAACUCUAGAAUACGUACCCUAUAACUUACUUACCACUCUUUCUUGCUCCAGCCAAAAAAGUCUCAAUCGCCGAAGAAACCAAGGGGAAAAGGAAAGCUCUCAUUCUUGGGGUACCCGGUGGUACAUUACCGAAUCCUCGAAUAACGGUACUUCCGAGUAAUGUUGGUCGCUAAUUUCCCUUCAUUCCGCCAGCAUUUUCUCCUGCCUGCAGUGCAGCACACAUCGCUAAAUAUAUCGAGGCUAAAGUUGAUGUUCCAACCUAUGUUGUCUCUGUCAAUGACCCCUUUGUUACAAAGG